AUGGUCCCAAAUGAUGAAAACCAGUACAUGGGAAUUAUCCAUCUGCUUCUACACUUUGACUGGACAUGGGUGGGUCUCUUCACAGGAGAUGAUGAUAGUGGGAAAUAUUUCUUGCAAAGCAUGGAAGCAUUGUUUUCCAAGUAUCGAAUCUGUUCAGCCUUCAUUCAGGUGUUUCCAUGCCAAGGUCGUGUUUUGACCAGUGAUGAUAUGGGUACGUUUGGGAAUCUCCAUGUAUCUGUUAUGGAUCAGAGGGCUAGAGCAUUUAUCAUCUAUGGAGAUACCAUGAAUCUUAUGUGGUUAAUUACCUACAGCACUCUUCUUGUUUCUGACAACACAUAUUUGGGGAAGGUGUGGAUCAUGACAGCUCAGAUGGAAUUUGCAGUAACGGGUGUGACAAGACGGAUGGAUUUUCAAAUGUUCCAAGGUGCCAUUUCCUUUGCAAUUCAUUCCAAGGAACCUCAGGAAUUUCAGGAGUAUCUUCAGAAGAAAAACCCAUACCAUCCUGAAGGUGAUGGUUUUGCCCAGUUGUUCUGGGAACAGGUUUUUGAAUGUUCAUUUCCAAAUGCUUCAGAAACAUUGGAGCCAGAAGAACAAUGCAUUGGGAAGGAGAACCUGGAGAAGCCUCCACGGUCUGUUUUUGAAGUGAAAAUGAGUGGCCACAGCUACGGUAUCUACAAUGCUGUCUAUGCAGUAGCCCAUGCUCUCCAUGCAAUGCACUCAUCGAAGACCAAACACAGAGUAAGAAUGGGGGAGCAAAGACUCAAAUUUGAAGACAUGAAAUCUUGGCAGUUACAUGCAUUUCUUCAAGGGAUGUCAUUUAACAAUUCAGCUGAAGAAAACCUGAAUUUCAAUGAAAAAAAAGAAAUUGUUGCCGGAUUUGAUAUAAUGCACAUGAUUUUAUUCCCAAACAAUUCCUUCCGUAAAGUCAAAAUUGGAUGGAUAAAACCAGUGGCUUUUGAAAAAAAACAAUUCUUUAUAGAUGAUGAAAUUAUUGAGUGGCACAGCACCUUUAACCAGGUGUGUCCUAUUUCUGUGUGCAGUGAUUCAUGCCCACCAGGGUUUCAGAAACAAAAGAAGGAAGGGGAGAAAUUUUGUUGCUAUGACUGUUUACCAUGUCCAGAAGGAAAGAUCUCCAACAAGACGGACACAGAUGAAUGUAUGCAGUGCCGAGAUGAUCAAUAUCGAAGCCAGAACAAUGACAGCUGCUUCCCCAAGAUCAUAACAUUUCUUUCCUAUCAAGAACCAUUAGGAAAAAGUUUAGCCUCAAUAGUCCUUUGUUUUUCACUGGUUACAGUCUUCGUGUUUAUUACUUUUAUUAAGCAUAGAGAUUCUGCCAUUGUCAAAGCUAAUAACCGAGAACUCACUUACACUCUCCUUUCCUCCCUCCUCCUCUGCUUCCUCUGUUCUUUCUUAUUCCUUGGCCACCCCCACAAGGUCACUUGCCUCAUUCGCCAUGUUGCUUUUGGUAUCAUUUUUACUGUGGCGGUAUCUUGUGUGUUGGCCAAAACCAUCACUGUGGUUCUUGCUUUCAUGGCCACCAAACCAGGAUCCAAUGUGAGGAGAUGGAUGGGAAAAAGGCUGGCCAAUACCAUUGUCCUUUCCUGCUCUGUCAUUCAAGCUGGCAUUUGUACUGUAUGGCUUGCUAUUGCUCCUCCAUACCCCAAGUUGGACAUAAAAUCCCUGCCAAAUGAGAUAAUAGCAGAAUGCAAUGAAGGCUCUACCUUCAUGUUUUACUUUGUCUUGGGCUACAUGGGACUUCUCUCCAUCAUAAGCUUCAUUGUGGCUUUCCUGGCUAGAAACCUGCCAGAUGCUUUCAAUGAAGCGAAGUUCAUCACUUUCAGCAUGCUCAUGUUUUGCAGUGUUUGGUUGACUUUUAUCCCGACUUAUUUGAGCACCAAAGGCAAAUACAUGGUAGCUGUGGAGAUCUUUUCCAUUUUGGCCUCUGGGGCUGCACUGCUUGCCUGUAUCUUUUCUCCAAAAGUUUAUAUUAUCCUUCUGAGGCCCGAGCUGAAUAACAAGGAGGGAUUAAUAAGGACAAAGAAUAAACCCAU